AUGAGCGCCCACUGGGGCCAGGCCCUGGGCGGUGGUACCUUGGUGGCAGAGCAAAGCAAAGCAAAAGCAAAAGCAAAGCAACAUGAAGCAAAAGCAAUCGAUGCAGGCUUGACGUGGAAGCUGCGUCGGUCGGUGCACGUUGGCGCCGCCAUGGCGCUCAGGCUGAGGCUCCACAGCCAACCACCCGUCUGUACAAAAGCAUUGGAUUGGAUUGUUUGGGUGCCUGAGCGCUUUGCUCUGCUGCAGAGCCCAAUCACAGCCAAACCGACGCAGAUUCCGCCCUCGAACGGCGACUUUGGCCACAGCCCUGCCUUCUGGACCCGAGAUUCGCACAUUGGCCAAAAUGUGGACGAGGCCAAAGAACAAGCACUCAACUGGUGGAAUCAGCCAAGGGGGGGAGGCUACGAGUACUCGUACACACAGGGAGGGCCAAAACCGGGCCCCUUCGUCUACCUGGCCUCCGCCAAAAGCCCAGUUCCCUGCUCAACAGCUUUUUUGCACGACAUUGUCAGAGAGUGGGCGUGCAGAUAG